UUGAAGACCGCCCUCUCCCCCGCUAUCUAUCUCUCUAGAACUUGCACUUUCUCUUUCUAUCGGCGACCACCAGCAAACCAAUUGCACAGAGCACUUAUCCUCGGAGAUCACUCGCGAGUGACGGUCGAAUCCGUAUCCUCAACGUUUUUUGUACACGGGCAUGGUUUUUGAGCAAGAGAAUCACCAUUCACCACUCUUACCAGGUCAACAUCUCCACCAAUGACUAAGGAAUGUUAUUCAAGGAUUUUCUAUUCCAGUGUGGCAUUUAGGGGGAUAUUGUUUGCCAGCUUUUUGCUUGUUAAUGUGAUUUUUAUGGCAAGGGGCUAUUGGUGGCAGUAGGCAAUAAUGUUUAACUAAUGGCCAAGGAAAAGCACAUGAGUGGAAACAAUUCACUUGGAGGUUCUAAAUGUAUUGACAGAUCUCCUAAAGUUAAUUGGGUGCAACAUGCUAAUGCCCAUGAUAAUUUCGCGAGCCAAAAUAAGUUCUUGAGUUCAAAUUUUCUUUUCUCCUUGUCAACACAAAAACCUUGUACUGAAGAAGCUAUAGGUGCAAGGUCAAUGGCUAGUCAUGUUCGGAAUGUCAACAGAGCGCAGAGUGCACAAACUGAAAAGGCUUGGCAAGUUCUUUCUAGCCUUCGCUUGUCUGGCAGGAACUAUAUAAAACCUGGGAAAACUGCACCACUAGUUAAGGAUGUUAGUUCUAAUUCAUUUCAAGAUGUCAGAAGAACUACUCAACAGUGUGCAUCUGGUGUGAACAAUAAUAUUUCAGGACAUAUUCGAACACAUCAGAAUUUCACCAAAACUAACGCCAGAAUUGGUGAAUCCAUGAAUUUUGUGGGCACUUCUUUUCCACUAGGCAGCAGUCAUGUGGCUACAGCUGGAAGUGAGAAAAACGAGGGCUGCACAUUAAUGCUCAAUAAUUCUCGUAUACAAUUCAAGAGUGCAUUAUCCAGCAAUCACACCGUGCAUUCAAGCCAAAUGAAAGGGUCUGAAGACACUACUCCUGGGGGCAUUGAUGAUGACGACAUACUCGAGAACCUUGAUGUGGACCAAAUAGUUAUGGAGCACUUCCAAUCAACUUGCACACCUCCACCGUCAAUUUUGAAGUUUCCACCUAUUACCCCAACUGUAAGUAAAAAUAAUGUUGCAAGGCACGAGGAGACAUGUUUGCCACCAGAAUUGUGCUCGACCUGUAGUCAUGGCUCAAAGCUAGGACUUUGCGCAGAAGCUGCAAAUCAUUUACAAGAUAUGAAGGACAUGCUAAUUGCCAUAUCUAAUGAACUUCUCGACAAUAUUACUGACCUUAGUCCAGAUCACAUUGGGAAGCUUCGUCAAGAUAGGUUGCGGUUGAAUUCAGAAAUUCAACUCCUAGAGAAACAUCUUCGUACUAUAUCAGGCGAUGAGGAGAGACAAAAGUCACAUUUUUCUGCAUCCACUGCCACUCCUAGAGCAUUUCAAUAUGAGACCCCACAAACAGUUGCAUUCAGGACCGGCCCCAGUUUUGAUGCCCCGGUUCACUUACAUGAUGACCACAAUGGCUGUGAUAAGUGGAAUUCAUCAUCAUAUUCAUUCUCUUCUGUUGAUAGGUUUGGUGCUUCAUUGGGCCCUGUGGAGAGGGAACCGUAUGUCCCAAAGAAUGUUCAAGUCAAUUAUACUGAAGGCUCAAACGACUUAAAGUGGAGUAGCUGGGAUUUCCCUUGGACAAAGAAGCUGGAGGCCAAUAACAAGAAAGUGUUUGGAAAUCACUCCUUUCGACCCAACCAAAGAGAGGUUAUUAAUGCAACAAUGAGUGGAUACGAUGUUUUUGUUCUAAUGCCAACUGGAGGAGGGAAAAGCCUGACAUAUCAGCUCCCUGCUCUGAUUUGUCCAGGAAUAACUUUGGUAAUUUCACCUCUUGUUUCAUUGAUCCAAGAUCAGAUAAUGCAUCUAUUGCAGGCAAACAUACCCGCUGCUUAUUUAAGUGCCAGCAUGGAGUGGACUGAGCAACAGGAGAUUCUUAGAGAGCUUAGUUCCGAUUAUUGUAAAUACAAGCUAUUAUAUGUCACACCAGAGAAAGUUGCUAAAAGCGAUUUUCUGUUGCGACAAUUGGAGAGCCUACAUGCUCGUGAAUCUCUCGCUAGGAUUGUUAUUGAUGAAGCUCAUUGUGUAAGCCAAUGGGGACACGAUUUUAGACCAGAUUAUCAGGGCCUUGGUAUUUUAAAACAGAAGUUUCCAAAUACGCCAGUUUUGGCUUUGACUGCUACUGCCACAGCCAGUGUCAAAGAAGAUGUUGUGCAGGCUCUUGGUCUUGUUAACUGCAUUAUUUUUCGUCAAAGUUUCAACCGUCCAAAUUUAUGGUAUUCUGUUAUCCCCAAGACCAAAAAAUGUGUGGACGAUAUUGACAACUUCAUUAAAGAAAAUCAUUUUGAUGAAUGCGGAAUUAUUUAUUGUCUUUCUAGAAUGGACUGUGAAAAAGUUGCUGAAAAGUUACAGGAAUGCGGACACAGAGCAGCAUUUUACCAUGGUAGCAUGGAUCCUGCUCAACGUGCUUCUGUUCAGAAACAAUGGAGCAAGGAUGAGAUCAAUAUAAUAUGUGCAACGGUGGCAUUUGGAAUGGGUAUCAAUAAACCAGAUGUUCGGUUUGUGAUUCAUCAUUCUCUUCCAAAAUCCAUUGAAGGCUACCAUCAGGAGUGUGGGCGUGCUGGUAGAGAUGGCCAGCGUUCAUCUUGUGUGUUGUAUUACAGUUAUAGUGAUUAUAUUCGAGUCAAGCAUAUGAUUAGUCAAGGAGUUGCAGAGCAAAGUCCUUUUGUUUCUGGGUAUAAUCGUAUGAAUGCAGCAAAUUCAGGGAGGGUGCUGGAAACAAAUACUGAAAAUCUCCUACGAAUGGUCAGUUACUGUGAAAAUGAUGUUGAUUGUCGACGUCUCCUUCAGCUUGUUCAUUUUGGGGAAAAGUUUGAUUCUGGCAACUGCAGAAAAACAUGUGACAACUGUUCUAAGAUUAAAAGCUUUAUUGAGAAGGAUGUCACUGACAUUGCAAAGCAAUUGGUUGAAUUGGUGAAGUUAACAGGGCAGCAGUUUUCAUCAUCUCAUAUCUUGGAAGUCUACCGGGGUUCCUUAAGCCAAUUUGUCAAGAAACAUAGACAUGAUAGUGUAAGCCUACACGGAGCUGGAAAACGACUAGCCAAGGGUGAAGCCUCCCGUAUAUUGCGUCAUCUUGUUACUGAAGAUUUUCUUGCGGAGGAUGUAAAGAAAAGUGAUCUUUAUGGAUCUGUGUCAUCAAUAUUAAAGGUGAAUGAAUCCAAGGCUUACAAUCUACGCAUCGGUGGUCAGACAAUUAAAUUAAGGUUCCCUUCCUCCGUUAAAGCAUCUAAACCGAGCAAAUCUGAAGCAACUCCAGCAAAAAGCUCACUAAUGUCGGGGAAGCUUAGUCCUCCACAAAUGGACACUCCUCUCCAACCUCAAUCUGAAGUAGACUUGAACCUGUCAGCCAAACUAUAUUCCUCUCUUCGAAUGCUUCGAACUGUUCUUGUUAAGGAAGCUGGGGAGGGGGUCAUGGCAUACCACAUAUUUGGAAAUGCAACGUUGCAGCAGAUUAGCAAGAAAAUUCCCAAAACUAAAGAAGAACUUCUGGAGAUUAACGGCAUUGGCAAGGCAAAGGUUAGCAAGUACGGAGAUCGGGUAUUGGAAACCAUUAAAGCUACGGUGGCGGAGUACUACGGCACAGACAAAAAAGGCAGCAGCAGUAAUGACAGUACUGAUUCAGUGAAGAGGAGAAGAGACAGUGUUAGUGUUUCAAAUGCAAAUCCAAAAGAUGAUGAAGACUUCGCCCGAAGCACCGGUCGAUCGAAAAAAAGGGUGCUGAAAAAGCAGGACAAAAGUACUGCGGCUAUUGAUUGUAGGGACCAAGACUAUUUCAACCAAUGUGCAGAUGUUGAUCUGGAUUUUGACGAUUUCUACUAUGAUGUUGAAAAUGAUGGCUCAAGUUUGAAUGUUAAUCAGAAUAAUUCAGGUCGAGUUCUACCGGCAUGGUCAACACCGGCAAAACAAGUCUGUAAUCGAGAUCCUAAUAUGAUCCAAGACUAUGAAUUUAGUGGGUAGAUUUAAUUAUCGUGACAGAUUGUUAAUUUUCUGUUCCUUGUAAGAGAGAAAAUUUUAGCCAAUUUUUCUUUGGCUUUUGGAAUAUCUUGGUUCUAUCAAUGUUAGAAGAUGGAAAAUGUUGUACAGUA